GCGGCGAUUGGAAGGAAUCAAAGGCAACCCUCGUUAUACAGAACAGCUGUUACACAUUACUGUGGUAUAAAAACAGUAGUCGACAACAGCAUUUGCAAAACGAUUGUCUACCAGACAUUAAACAACAAAAAUCAAGAAACAUAUCAUCCACCACUACGGUCACAGUUUUGUAAUACUGUUCGUCUUUCCUGCUUGCACGUUUGCUGCAGAUACAUCCUAUGUAACAAUGAACAAGUUUGUAACUUUGUCUACAUUGGUGGCGCUGGUUUCUGCUGUUUCUAAAGAUGACUGCCACAAUGCAGGAAAAUGUUUACUAGAAGUUGAGGAUGAAAAAAUCAGCGAAUGUAUGGACGUUUCUUCAGUCAAGACUGUAGACUGUGCAACAUACAGCUGUGACGACCAACUGUCAGUUAAAAUUAUAGAAAUAAAAUGUAAGUACGACGGACAAUGUGUUAGUGAUGGAGUUGUACAGAAAAACAGAAAAACAUGUACAACAUUCAGAUGUGAAACAAGUUCAAACGUUGUUGGCGACGUGACACACUACAAAUCGUCAAUGGUGAUCAUUAUGAGAGAAUGUCCAAAUCCUCGCUUUAUCUAUGAACCAGAGGCAAAAGACUAUUACUGUAUCGGUGUUGGGAAAUACAGAAGAAACCGUGAAACAUGUGUCCAAUAUAACUGUCUUAGUAUGACAGAUGCUGAUGGUACUGUAACUGGAACAAAGGUCGAAGGGAAACAUUAUGGAUGUGUAAAUCCACGACGAGGUGAACCUAGACAGUAUAUGUGCAUUAACGAAAAUGUAUACCGAAGAACAUUCAAUAACUGCCAGAAACAUACAUGUAUCGCUGACGAUUACGACGGAAAGAAGAUUUUAAGACUAAAAACGGAAGUGUAUGGAUGUACAGACGUGAAUGGAGAAUGUCAUGCUGACCAGGAAAUCUUACCAUAUAAGAUAAGAGACAAGAUAUAUAACUGCAAAUGUAAUAUCGAUGUUGAGAAGAAUAGCAUUCGCUAUACCGCUUGUAUGGCUAUGCCAUAAUACCAAUGAAUGCAGGACAAUUAUAUUUCAGAGAAUAAAAUUCGCUGCAAAAUAAUGA